AUGUGUAGUUUAACAGAAGUAUUAAACGCUGGUUGGAAUUUAUCUCAAAAGAGUUUUACAGAAUGUUUAAAGAAGACGGAACAUGAAAGUUUAAAAGAAUUGAUAGAUGUAUUGUUGAAUUCAGAUAUUCGAGAAUAUGGAGUACCAUGGUUGGGAGAUUAUAAAAAAUCGACUCAACUUGAAGCAAAUGGCAGAAUUGUUCAACUUACUCGAUUACGUAAUAUCAGUAUACCACAAGCUGUUGAAGAUAUGAUGAUGACUACUUCUACAGAUAAUCGUGGACCUUGUCUACUUCGAUUAACAUUUACUGAUGGUCGUAAUACAAUAACCGGUUUAGAUAUGCAGGAUAAAACAGAUUUGAGGUAUGUUAAAAUUGUUUAUGUAGACAUAUUUAAUAAUGUCUUUGGCCUGUAA